UGUGGGGCACGUGGGAGGAUCUUAUUUUGGGUGGCGCCGUUGUGAGGCACGGAACGGGCGAUUGGAACGUCGUCGCUUCGGAGCUUCGUGCGCGCACCCUUUAUCCCUAUGCCUUUACUGCUCAGUUGUACGACGUCGUAUGACACAUUUGAAGUUUUGAACAAGAGGUCUAGGAUAGCAGCAAUGCAGCAUUUGAUGGAACCACACAUAAAUGGCUAUUACUACUACUCAAAGACUUGAAGACUUGUCAAUAACCACAUAGUUUUUUGGACUCUGUUUUGACUGGACAAUAGAGGAUCGAUAUGGUCAAGAAUAUAUUAGUACGCUCUAGUUACAAUUUAUGUGAUAACAAAAUGAGGUAAUAUUAAUGGUUGUCUCUCUACAAAUUUGUCAUUUCUGUGGUUGUAAAAGAUGGCACAUGUCCCUAUCCCCGAUUUGUAGUUUUGCAUUUGAAAUUGGAUUAUUUGUCUUUUGGGUGAGUCAUGUUAAUGGCGAAAGCUUGAUUCUUGGUUAGUGAACUUGUUCACUUGUGGUAUGCCUAAUAUUGAUUAGCUGAAACAAAACCUUUUUCAUCCGACCUAUUUUCCAUUAUUGAUUCACAAGCUUAGAAUUAGAGAUCACAAGAAAAAUGUUGAACAAAUACACUUAGGUUUCAUGUUGUGCACCUAUGGAUGUUCGUAUACCUUACUCCUUAUUGUUACGGAUUUGUCUGCAUUCUGCCACUAAAAGCUGCAAGAUGCAGAUUGUGAUAUCUAAUGUAUAUCUGAUUUAGUUCAGUUACAUGUUACAAAGUUUAUCUAGGAUUUGGGACAGCCAAGAGAUUUUGGGUUCAAUAAAUUUUCAUCAUGAGUUCCGGAAGAAUAUGGCUUCUGGAAAAUGAAAUACAAGGAAGGCUUGUAAAGAAAGGUACGAGGACCUACAAAAAUGUUAUUCGGGAUCCACGGCUUGGUUUGAAGAGCUGAGAAAGCGUCGUAUGGCAGAGCUCAAGCGAGAACUGGUUAAAUCUGAAAACUCAAUAGGAUCUCUUGAGUCAAAGAUCAAAUCACUGGAGGGGAAGAAACAACGCUCCAAACAAGGUGAUUACGGUUUGAGCGAGACCGAAUCACCUCUACCCGCAUUGGAUUCAGAAGCCACAGAGUCAAUCAGCAGACAGACAUCAAAUGGUGAAAACUCUGUUGGCAGCUUCACAAAAGAAACGAGCACGAGGGCAAGCUGGUUGUGUGACCGUCAGCCUCAAGCAGUGGAGACAGAGACAGAGACAAAGCCCAGCACUUCUGCCUGUUCCGAGCAGGGAAAGGAUUCAAGCAUUGAGAAGUUCCCUGAGGUCGGCUAUGAGCACGGGGUCAUCAUUAGGAAGAAACGAGGUCAGAGAAAGAGAAAGGACUGCAGUCGAGCUGUCAAAGAAAGAAGUGUGGGUGAGAGCGACAACUUAGGUUCUUCCAAUUCUGUUUCAACUGCAAACAAGGAAACAUCAACCAACGAAUGUAAGAGAACGAGAAUCCCCGGUUCCAAUGCCACCAGAAGAGAGAGCUUGAUCGAAAUAUUCGAAUCCGUUGCGCAGAGUGAACCAGCAGCAGUCUUCAGACAUCGAAUGGACAGUCAGAAACGAGCGCGAUACAGAAGAGUGAUCAGGCAGCACAUGGAUAUUGGCACGAUAAAAUCAAGAAUCAUCGGUCAGUCAAUAAAAUCAGCAAAAGAGCUCUUCCGCGACUUGCUGCUGCUGGCAAACAACGCGCUGGUGUUUUACUCGAGACGCACACGGGAGUACAAGGCGGCAAUCACUCUCAGGCAGCUAGUGAUGAGAGAUUACAAGCUGCAUUGCAGAGGGUAUUGCCAUGAAGCCACGUCGGCCUUCAUUUCGUGCAAUCCUCCGGUGAGACCACGGACAGCUCGUCCCCGCCCUCACCCUCGUCCUCCACCGUGCAAAGACAAGGAGGCCGCCUCGGAGAAACCUUCGAAACCGGAGAAUGCUGUUCGUACCACUCCGGUGGGAUUGGGAAAACAAUGUGAUUCCGGUCGCAGUGUGUUGAAGCAAUCCUUGUUGAAGGCUAAGAAAGGAUUGAAGAGACCUGCCAAGUUGAAAUCUGAAUUAGGUACUGAUCCACCUCGUAAAAAUACACCUGUAAAACAAAGGAAAAGAAUUAGGAGAUGACUGUGUUAUUUCAAUCAAUACAAUAAAAAUCUGUGUAAGAGGAAAAAAGAAAUUAUUUUUUAUGUAGACUUUCUUCUAUAGUAUUAUCUUUCGUUUGAGAAA